UUCGCAUGAUUCAAUCGCUGGAGUUAGCUGUGAAUUCGAUUCUGGGUUGAAUAGCCGCUGGACUGGGCAUGCCCUAAAAGGCUAAACCUUAUCCAGGCAUAACAUGGGCUACUAUUAGCACUACAUCAUUCUCCUCUAGCCCUGACCUACUUACCAGUUAGGGCUUCACUAAUCAAUAACACUUCAUCUCAUGUCGAACCAGCUCUACGGCUACACUUCCAGUACUUACGGCGCCGGCGCCGGUGCCGGCUCCAGCUCCGGCAGCAGUAUCUUCAACUCUCGAUCCGCUGUCGACGCCUACGUCCCAUCCGACACCUCAUUGCUCGGCACUGCUUCUAGGUACUUGAGCGCUGACCUACUCUCCUCUUCUUCACUGCUCUACAAUCCGGAGAGCUACUCUAGGAUCCCCGGCCUCUCCUCCACCACGUCCUCGCACUCGUAUGGCCCACCUGGUGUCGAUUUGGGGGCUACAGGUGUCCUCACCGACCCGCUCUAUGCUGGUUUGAAGCGUACUUCAGCUGAAUCACUCUAUCACCAGACUCUUUUGGGUGCCCAUAACAAGAUUGGGCAAGCUGAUGCUUGGUAUUCAUCAAACCCUUUAGUCAAGCGAACUAGAUAUGACAGUACGAGCCAUUUGCCCAUAUACCCCCAGAGGCCCGGAGAGAAGGACUGUGCCUAUUAUAUGCAAACAAGAACCUGUAAAUUUGGAGAGAGCUGCAAGUUUGAUCAUCCGGUUUGGGUCCCAGAAGGGGGAAUCCCUGAUUGGAAAGAGGUCCCGUUGGUGCCUAGUGAAGCCCUUCCCGAGAGACCUGGCGAGCCAGAUUGUCCUUACUUCUUGAAGACUCAAAGAUGUAAGUUUGGUGUUAGAUGCAAAUUCAACCACCCUAAAGAGAGCAUCCAACCUGCAGGUGCUCCUGAGGAUGGUGAUGUCUCUGCCUUACCUGAGAGACCGUCAGAGCCUCCAUGUGCUUUCUAUGUGAAGACUGGAAAGUGUAAAUUCGGUUCAACCUGCAAAUUUCACCACCCCAAAGGAGUCCAGAUUCAGUCGAUUGGGGAAGACAAUAUUAAUGGGCUGCAGAAUAGCAUGCUUGGAGACAACAAGGCAGUGCAAACAUCGUUUGCCCCUGCUCUGUUGCACAACUCUAAGGGCCUUCCCAUCAGACCGGGUGAAGAAGAUUGCCCAUUUUAUUUGAAAACUGGCAGCUGUAAGUAUGGAGUGACAUGCCGCUACAACCAUCCAGACAGAUAUGUGAUAAAUCCACAAGCUGCUAUUGCUUCUUCUCUUCUCACCUCACCGUCAGCCCAUUACAAUCUUGGUCUUGUUGCUCCGACAGUAUCUCUGUUGCCAAAUUUUGAUCCAAGGCUCGCUCAGACAACGGUUGGCUUGACCGCAACUAUUUACCCUCAACUACCUGGACAGCCGGAAUGCGAUUAUUACAUGAAAACUGGCAUAUGCAAGUUUGGGAAUAACUGCAAGUUUCACCACCCGAUCGAUCGGUCAGCACCCACUGCAUCAGCUACUGAGUCUCCUCAGCAAAAUGUGAAACUAACUCUCGCCGGCUUGCCAAGAAGAGAGGGUGCUAUCAAUUGCCCAUAUUACAUGAAGACUGGAACAUGCAAGUAUGGGGCAACAUGCAAGUUUGACCACCCACCUCCAGGAGAGGUGAUGGCCGCCAUGGCAACAGCGUCUUCUGCAGUUGCUCAAGUCAAACAAAAUGGAGAUGUGUAAAUUAGCUCACUUAACUGCCCCCUUUUUUCCUAAACAAUUAUUCUUGCUGUAUGUUCUUCAAACAUUUAUUUGAGCACAACACAACCUUGUUUAUUAACUUAUUUUGUCCCCUAAAUUCUUUUAUUGAUUAUGACCUUUUAUA